UUGGGGAGGGUGCUUGUCUUCGGAGCGAAGUCACCGUUGCUAAAAUUCAAAAAGGGGAAUACCAAGAGAAGGGGCAUUUUUGGUGAUUAUCCACCGAACGGUGCCACGUGUCAUGAAACGAGAGGAAGAAGUAGCUCUCCGGUGUCCUUUCCACAAUAUAAUCCCAAUUUUGCAUCUAAACAUUCACUCAUAUUACCGCUCACUGCCACUCCCUCUCUCUCCACCGUCAAACUCAAGCUUCCCGUUUUCCGAUCCCUCUUCCCCCACGCGCCUCUCGCUCCACCCUUCGCCACGCGACGUUGGCGUUUUCUAGAACACGCUUAGUUUCUUUCUUUAUCACAAUGUCGUUUAGUUCCAGCUGCCAGCGUUUUGCUUUCCACGCACAGAUUUGAACUCUGCGCUUCCUUCUUGUGGCUUUUGGAGACUUCACUGUGCAUUCUGCGUAGCGAACCGCGGCUGUUGUCGGUCCUGUGUCCGCGAGGUGAACGAGAAACUCGGUUUGGUUUUUUGUUGGGGAUUUAGGGUUUAGGUUUUGGGGGAUGAAUCGUAGUUUCAGGGCUCAGGAAUCGCAAAUGCACUCUGCGUUGAAGCAGAGGGAGCAGCAAUUUGGGGCUUUGAGGGCUUCGGUGAGGAAGGAGAAGGAGGAGGAACUCGCAUUGUUUCUGGAGAUGAAGAAGCGCGAGAAGGAGCGGAAUGAUCUUCUGCUAAACAGCUCUGAGGAGUUCGAUGCACCUCUCGGGUCGAAUGCGGGCACGAACCCCAUAUUUAACAUUUCUUCUUCCACGCCAGCUCCUGUGCGGAAGACUGGUGUUGAUGAUUUUCUCAAUUCGGAAAAUGAUAAGAAUGACUAUGACUGGCUUCUAACUCCUCCCGGUACUCCUCUUUUUCCUUCUUUGGAAAUGGAAAGUCGAAAAACUGUUAUGAGUCAGCUUGGUACUCCAACCGCACGUCCUGUAGCAUUAAAAUCCAGGUUAGCAAAUCAUCAAUCUGAGCCUGUUGGGAGGACAAAUUUAGUAUCUAAACAAGCUAUUUCCUCUCCUGGGCUGAGUUCUUCAAGUGUUGGAACUAGGAGGCCGUCAUCAUCAGGGGGGCCAGGAUCACGACCUGCAACUCCUACUGGGCGCCCUACAUUAACUGCAACUUCAAAAUCAUCAAGACCUUCGACACCUACACGAUCUACCUUACCUUCAACUAGGUCCAUGGCAGCUACAUCCAAGACCCCAACUUCCACCAUCAAGCCUGCAGUUUCUGCCACUAAGCCUUUGACUUCUGCCACUAAGACUUCAGUCCCUGCAGCUAAACCCACUAUUCCAUCGAGAUCAUCUACACCUUUGUCAAGAUCUGCUGCAAGAUCUUCAACACCAACUAGCAGGCCUACUUUACCUCCUUCCAGGUCCACAUCAAGAGCUUCUACUCCAACCCGGCGACCAUCUUUACCAUCAAGUGAACCCAGUAUAUCUGCUUCUUCAGUUAAAGCUUCUUUGAGCCCCAAGCCAGCUACUAUAACAUCAAGGCAGCCAACUCCUGUGACGACAAGAAAGCCAGCUCCUGUGAACUCGAGGCAGCCUGCAGCACCAUCACGUGGAACUUCGCCAACAAUGAGAUCAAGACCAUGGAAGCCAUCUGAGAUGCCCGGUUUUUCACUUGACGCUCCACCUAAUUUGAGAACUACAUUACCUGAAAGGCCAUUGUCAGCAACUAGGGGCAGGCCUGGAGCACCCUCUUCCCGGUCUUCGUCUGUUGAGCCUUCUUCUAGUGGAAGACCCAGGCGACAAUCAUGUUCUCCUUCAAGAGGAAGAGCUUCCAAUGGCACUGUUCAUAUCAGUGGAAACUCUGUGCCGGCAGUUAGUCGUUUGCACUCCAAAGCGAAUGAUAAUGUCAGUCCUGUUGUAAUCGGCACAAAAAUGGUUGAGAGGGUAAUAAAUAUGCGGAAACUAGCACCUCCAAUGAUUGAUGACAAAAACUCUCCCCGUAGUAAUCUGUCUGGCAAGUCAGCUUCAUCUCCAGAUAGCUCAGGUUUUGGAAGAACACUUUCAAAGAAGUCCUUGGACAUGGCGAUUAGGCACAUGGAUAUAAGGAGAACCAUUCCAGGCAAUUUACGGCCACUAAUGACAAAUAUUCCGGCAUCUUCUUUGUAUAGCGUGAGGUCUGGAUCUCAUCAUGGGCGAACAAUUAGUGUUUCAGGCUCUCCUCAUGCCACGAGCAGUAAUGCUAGUUCUGAAGUGAGUGUAAACCAAAAUGGUCUUUGUUUAGAUAACAGCGAAGUAGAUGAUGAAAUUGGUAGCGAGAGAUGUGGUCAAUCCCCUGCCAGCGUACGGGGCAGGUAAACUUGUCAGACACUGCGUAUUUAAAUAGAGGACCAGCGUUCUUAAUUCUUAUCCUGGUUUCAGCCAUAGUGGAUUUGCAUAUGGAGCUAACCAUGCUUGUACUGAUGUAAAGCUUCUUGGAAGUGAUUUAACCUCAUGUAAUGAGAGGUACUCUAAUUUUAAGUAGGCGGAUUAUAUGUUGCAGCGGUAAUGCUCAUUUUUUUAAAACAAGCUGAGGUUUAUCCUCCAUAUAUGAAAAUUGAGCUUAUUAUCUGGAAA